GGGAGGUGGCCGGAGCUCGGAGCUGGGGCUCCAUGAGCAGCUCCAGGAUGGGGAGAAGCCCCACAAGUGCUGGGAAUGUGGCGAGAGCUUCAGCCAGAGAGUCGACUUGACCUGCCACAUGAGAAUCCACAUGGGGGAGAAGCGCUACGUAUGUGACCAGUGUGGGAAGAGCUUCAGCCACAGCUCCAACUUGGUUGUCCACCUGAAGAGCCACAGCGGGGAGAGGCCCUAUGAGUGUGCGGAGUGUGGCAAGAGCUUCAGCCGGACAUUCUGCCUGAUUGUCCACCUGAAGAGCCACAGCAGGGAGAGGCCCUACGAGUGUGAUCAAUGCAGGAAGAGCUUUCAGACCAGCUCCAAUCUCCUCAGGCACCAGCGCACUCACAAGGAUGAGAAGCCCUUCCGCUGCCCUGACUGUGGGAAAGGCUUCAAGUACAACUUCAGCCUCAUCAACCACCAGCACACCCACACCCGGCUGAGACCCUAUGAGUGUCCUGAGUGUGGCAAGAGCUUCAGCCAGAGCUCCUACCUAAUCUGCCACAGGAGACUCCACAGCGGUGAACGUCCCUAUGAGUGUGGGCAGUGUGGGAGAAGCUUCUGCCAGCGCUCCCACCUGAUCUACCACCUGAGGAGCCACACCGGCGAGAAACCCUACCAGUGUGAUCAAUGCAGCAAGAGGUUUCAGAGCAGCUCUCAUCUUCUCAGACACCAGCGGAUUCACGUGGAGGAGCAGCCCUUUCUCUGCCCCGACUGCGGCAAGGGCUUCAAGCACAACUCCAGCCUCGUCACCCACCGCCGCAUCCACACUGGGGAGAGGCCCUUCCAGUGUCCAGAAUGUGGGAAGAGCUUCUCACAGAGCUCUACCUUGACCAGACACCAACAGACCCACGAUGGGGAGAAGCCCCACAAGUGCUUGGAAUGUGGCGAGAGCUUCAGCCAGAGAGUCGACUUGACCUGCCACAUGAGAAUCCACAUGGGGGAGAAGCGCUACGUAUGUGACCAGUGUGGGAAGAGCUUCAGCCACAGCUCCAACUUGGUUGUCCACCUGAAGAGCCACAGCGGGGAGAGGCCCUAUGAGUGUGCGGAGUGUGGCAAGAGCUUCAGCCGGACAUUCUGCCUGAUUGUCCACCUGAAGAGCCACAGCAGGGAGAGGCCCUACGAGUGUGAUCAAUGCAGGAAGAGCUUUCAGACCAGCUCCAAUCUCCUCAGGCACCAGCGCACUCACAAGGAUGAGAAGCCCUAUGAGUGUCCUGAGUGUGGCAAGAGCUUCAGCCAGAGCUCCUACCUAAUCUGCCACAGAAGACUCCACAGCGGUGAACGUCCCUAUGAGUGUGGGCAGUGUGGGAGAAGCUUCUGCCAGCGCUCCCACCUGAUCUACCACCUGAGGAGCCACACCGGCGAGAAACCCUACCAGUGUGAUCAAUGCAGCAAGAGGUUUCAGAGCAGCUCUCAUCUUCUCAGACACCAGCGGAUUCACGUGGAGGAGCGGCCCUUUCUCUGCCCCGACUGCGGCAAGGGCUUCAAGCACAACUCCAGCCUCGUCACCCACCGCCGCAUCCACACUGGGGAGAGGCCCUUCCAGUGUCCAGAAUGUGGGAAGAGCUUCUCACAGAGCUCUACCUUGACCAGACACCAACAGACCCACGAUGGGGAGAAGCCCCACAAGUGCUUGGAAUGUGGCGAGAGCUUCAGCCAGAGAGUCGACUUGACCUGCCACAUGAGAAUCCACAUGGGGGAGAAGCGCUACGUAUGUGACCAGUGUGGGAAGAGCUUCAGCCACAGCUCCAACUUGGUUGUCCACCUGAAGAGCCACAGCGGGGAGAGGCCCUAUGAGUGUGCGGAGUGUGGCAAGAGCUUCAGCCGGACAUUCUGCCUGAUUGUCCACCUGAAGAGCCACAGCAGGGAGAGGCCCUACGAGUGUGAUCAAUGCAGGAAGAGCUUUCAGACCAGCUCCAAUCUCCUCAGGCACCAGCGCACUCACAAGGAUGAGAAGCCCUUCCGCUGCCCUGACUGUGGGAAAGGCUUCAAGUACAACUUCAGCCUCAUCAACCACCAGCACACCCACACCCGGCUGAGGCCCUAUGAGUGUCCUGAGUGUGGCAAGAGCUUCAGCCAGAGCUCCUACCUAAUCUGCCACAGAAGACUCCACAGCGGUGAACGUCCCUAUGAGUGUGGGCAGUGUGGGAGAAGCUUCUGCCAGCGCUCCCACCUGAUCUACCACCUGAGGAGCCACACCGGCGAGAAACCCUACCAGUGUGAUCAAUGCAGCAAGAGGUUUCAGAGCAGCUCUCAUCUUCUCAGACACCAGCGGAUUCACGUGGAGGAGCGGCCCUUUCUCUGCCCCGACUGCGGCAAGGGCUUCAAGCACAACUCCAGCCUCGUCACCCACCGCCGCAUCCACACUGGGGAGAGGCCCUUCCAGUGUCCAGAAUGUGGGAAGAGCUUCUCACAGAGCUCUACCUUGACCAGACACCAACAGACCCACGAUGGGGAGAAGCCCCACAAGUGCUGGGAAUGUGGCAAGAGCUUCAGCCAGAGAGUCGACUUGACCUGCCACAUGAGAAUCCACAUGGGGGAGAAGCGCUACGUAUGUGACCAGUGUGGGAAAAGCUUCAGCCACAGCUCCAACUUGGUUGUCCACCUGAAGAGCCACAGCGGGGAGAGGCCCUAUGAGUGUGCGGAGUGUGGCAAGAGCUUCAGCCGGACAUUCUGCCUGAUUGUCCACCUGAAGAGCCACAGCAGGGAGAGGCCCUACGAGUGUGAUCAAUGCAGGAAGAGCUUUCAGACCAGCUCCAAUCUCCUCAGGCACCAGCGCACUCACAAGGAUGAGAAGCCCUUCCGCUGCCCUGACUGUGGGAAAGGCUUCAAGUACAACUUCAGCCUCAUCAACCACCAGCACACCCACACCCGGCUGAGGCCCUAUGAGUGUCCUGAGUGUGGCAAGAGCUUCAGCCAGAGCUCCUACCUAAUCUGCCACAGGAGACUCCACAGCGGUGAACGUCCCUAUGAGUGUGGGCAGUGUGGGAGAAGCUUCUGCCAGCGCUCCCACCUGAUCUACCACCUGAGGAGCCACACCGGCGAGAAACCCUACCAGUGUGAUCAAUGCAGCAAGAGGUUUCAGAGCAGCUCUCAUCUUCUCAGACACCAGCGGAUUCACGUGGAGGAGCGGCCCUUUCUCUGCCCCGACUGCGGCAAGGGCUUCAAGCACACCUCCAGCCUCGUCACCCACCGCCGCAUCCACACUGGGGAGAGGCCCUUCCAGUGUCCAGAAUGUGGGAAGAGCUUCUCACAGAGCUCUACCUUGACCAGACACCAACAGACCCACGAUGGGGAGAAGCCCCACAAGUGCUGGGAAUGUGGCAAGAGCUUCAGCCAGAGAGUCGACUUGACCUGCCACAUGAGAAUCCACAUGGGGGAGAAGCGCUACGUAUGUGACCAGUGUGGGAAGAGCUUCAGCCACAGCUCCAACUUGGUUGUCCACCUGAAGAGCCACAGCGGGGAGAGGCCCUAUGAGUGUGCGGAGUGUGGCAAGAGCUUCAGCCGGACAUUCUGCCUGAUUGUCCACCUGAAGAGCCACAGCAGGGAGAGGCCCUACGAGUGUGAUCAAUGCAGGAAGAGCUUUCAGACCAGCUCCAAUCUCCUCAGGCACCAGCGCACUCACAAGGAUGAGAAGCCCUUCCGCUGCCCUGACUGUGGGAAAGGCUUCAAGUACAACUUCAGCCUCAUCAACCACCAGCACACCCACACCCGGCUGAGGCCCUAUGAGUGUCCUGAGUGUGGCAAGAGCUUCAGCCAGAGCUCCUACCUAAUCUGCCACAGGAGACUCCACAGCGGUGAACGUCCCUAUGAGUGUGGGCAGUGUGGGAGAAGCUUCUGCCAGCGCUCCCACCUGAUCUACCACCUGAGGAGCCACACCGGCGAGAAACCCUACCAGUGUGAUCAAUGCAGCAAGAGGUUUCAGAGCAGCUCUCAUCUUCUCAGACACCAGCGGAUUCACGUGGAGGAGCGGCCCUUUCUCUGCCCCGACUGCGGCAAGGGCUUCAAGCACAACUCCAGCCUCGUCACCCACCGCCGCAUCCACACUGGGGAGAGGCCCUUCCAGUGUCCAGAAUGUGGGAAGAGCUUCUCACAGAGCUCUACCUUGACCAGACACCAACAGACCCACGAUGGGGAGAAGCCCCACAAGUGCUGGGAAUGUGGCAAGAGCUUCAGCCAGAGAGUCGACUUGACCUGCCACAUGAGAAUCCACAUGGGGGAGAAGCGCUACGUAUGUGACCAGUGUGGGAAGAGCUUCAGCCACAGCUCCAACUUGGUUGUCCACCUGAAGAGCCACAGCGGGGAGAGGCCCUAUGAGUGUGCGGAGUGUGGCAAGAGCUUCAGCCGGACAUUCUGCCUGAUUGUCCACCUGAAGAGCCACAGCAGGGAGAGGCCCUACGAGUGUGAUCAAUGCAGGAAGAGCUUUCAGACCAGCUCCAAUCUCCUCAGGCACCAGCGCACUCACAAGGAUGAGAAGCCCUUCCGCUGCCCUGACUGUGGGAAAGGCUUCAAGUACAACUUCAGCCUCAUCAACCACCAGCACACCCACACCCGGCUGAGGCCCUAUGAGUGUCCUGAGUGUGGCAAGAGCUUCAGCCAGAGCUCCUACCUAAUCUGCCACAGGAGACUCCACAGCGGUGAACGUCCCUAUGAGUGUGGGCAGUGUGGGAGAAGCUUCUGCCAGCGCUCCCACCUGAUCUACCACCUGAGGAGCCACACCGGCGAGAAACCCUACCAGUGUGAUCAAUGCAGCAAGAGGUUUCAGAGCAGCUCUCAUCUUCUCAGACACCAGCGGAUUCACGUGGAGGAGCGGCCCUUUCUCUGCCCCGACUGCGGCAAGGGCUUCAAGCACAACUCCAGCCUCGUCACCCACCGCCGCAUCCACACUGGGGAGAGGCCCUUCCAGUGUCCAGAAUGUGGGAAGAGCUUCUCACAGAGCUCUACCUUGACCAGACACCAACAGACCCACGAUGGGGAGAAGCCCCACAAGUGCUGGGAAUGUGGCAAGAGCUUCAGCCAGAGAGUCGACUUGACCUGCCACAUGAGAAUCCACAUGGGGGAGAAGCGCUACGUAUGUGACCAGUGUGGGAAGAGCUUCAGCCACAGCUCCAACUUGGUUGUCCACCUGAAGAGCCACAGCGGGGAGAGGCCCUAUGAGUGUGCGGAGUGUGGCAAGAGCUUCAGCCGGACAUUCUGCCUGAUUGUCCACCUGAAGAGCCACAGCAGGGAGAGGCCCUACGAGUGUGAUCAAUGCAGGAAGAGCUUUCAGACCAGCUCCAAUCUCCUCAGGCACCAGCGCACUCACAAGGAUGAGAAGCCCUUCCGCUGCCCUGACUGUGGGAAAGGCUUCAAGUACAACUUCAGCCUCAUCAACCACCAGCACACCCACACCCGGCUGAGGCCCUAUGAGUGUCCUGAGUGUGGCAAGAGCUUCAGCCAGAGCUCCUACCUAAUCUGCCACAGGAGACUCCACAGCGGUGAACGUCCCUAUGAGUGUGGGCAGUGUGGGAGAAGCUUCUGCCAGCGCUCCCACCUGAUCUACCACCUGAGGAGCCACACCGGCGAGAAACCCUACCAGUGUGAUCAAUGCAGCAAGAGGUUUCAGAGCAGCUCUCAUCUUCUCAGACACCAGCGGAUUCACGUGGAGGAGCGGCCCUUUCUCUGCCCCGACUGCGGCAAGGGCUUCAAGCACAACUCCAGCCUCGUCACCCACCGCCGCAUCCACACUGGGGAGAGGCCCUUCCAGUGUCCAGAAUGUGGGAAGAGCUUCUCACAGAGCUCUACCUUGACCAGACACCAACAGACCCACGAUGGGGAGAAGCCCCACAAGUGCUGGGAAUGUGGCAAGAGCUUCAGCCAGAGAGUCGACUUGACCUGCCACAUGAGAAUCCACAUGGGGGAGAAGCGCUACGUAUGUGACCAGUGUGGGAAGAGCUUCAGCCACAGCUCCAACUUGGUUGUCCACCUGAAGAGCCACAGCGGGGAGAGGCCCUAUGAGUGUGCGGAGUGUGGCAAGAGCUUCAGCCGGACAUUCUGCCUGAUUGUCCACCUGAAGAGCCACAGCAGGGAGAGGCCCUACGAGUGUGAUCAAUGCAGGAAGAGCUUUCAGACCAGCUCCAAUCUCCUCAGGCACCAGCGCACUCACAAGGAUGAGAAGCCCUUCCGCUGCCCUGACUGUGGGAAAGGCUUCAAGUACAACUUCAGCCUCAUCAACCACCAGCACACCCACACCCGGCUGAGGCCCUAUGAGUGUCCUGAGUGUGGCAAGAGCUUCAGCCAGAGCUCCUACCUAAUCUGCCACAGGAGACUCCACAGCGGUGAACGUCCCUAUGAGUGUGGGCAGUGUGGGAGAAGCUUCUGCCAGCGCUCCCACCUGAUCUACCACCUGAGGAGCCACACCGGCGAGAAACCCUACCAGUGUGAUCAAUGCAGCAAGAGGUUUCAGAGCAGCUCUCAUCUUCUCAGACACCAGCGGAUUCACGUGGAGGAGCGGCCCUUUCUCUGCCCCGACUGCGGCAAGGGCUUCAAGCACAACUCCAGCCUCGUCACCCACCGCCGCAUCCACACUGGGGAGAGGCCCUUCCAGUGUCCAGAAUGUGGGAAGAGCUUCUCACAGAGCUCUACCUUGACCAGACACCAACAGACCCACGAUGGGGAGAAGCCCCACAAGUGCUGGGAAUGUGGCAAGAGCUUCAGCCAGAGAGUCGACUUGACCUGCCACAUGAGAAUCCACAUGGGGGAGAAGCGCUACGUAUGUGACCAGUGUGGGAAGAGCUUCAGCCACAGCUCCAACUUGGUUGUCCACCUGAAGAGCCACAGCGGGGAGAGGCCCUAUGAGUGUGCGGAGUGUGGCAAGAGCUUCAGCCGGACAUUCUGCCUGAUUGUCCACCUGAAGAGCCACAGCAGGGAGAGGCCCUACGAGUGUGAUCAAUGCAGGAAGAGCUUUCAGACCAGCUCCAAUCUCCUCAGGCACCAGCGCACUCACAAGGAUGAGAAGCCCUUCCGCUGCCCUGACUGUGGGAAAGGCUUCAAGUACAACUUCAGCCUCAUCAACCACCAGCACACCCACACCCGGCUGAGGCCCUAUGAGUGUCCUGAGUGUGGCAAGAGCUUCAGCCAGAGCUCCUACCUAAUCUGCCACAGGAGACUCCACAGCGGUGAACGUCCCUAUGAGUGUGGGCAGUGUGGGAGAAGCUUCUGCCAGCGCUCCCACCUGAUCUACCACCUGAGGAGCCACACCGGCGAGAAACCCUACCAGUGUGAUCAAUGCAGCAAGAGGUUUCAGAGCAGCUCUCAUCUUCUCAGACACCAGCGGAUUCACGUGGAGGAGCGGCCCUUUCUCUGCCCCGACUGCGGCAAGGGCUUCAAGCACAACUCCAGCCUCGUCACCCACCGCCGCAUCCACACUGGGGAGAGGCCCUUCCAGUGUCCAGAAUGUGGGAAGAGCUUCUCACAGAGCUCUACCUUGACCAGACACCAACAGACCCACGAUGGGGAGAAGCCCCACAAGUGCUGGGAAUGUGGCAAGAGCUUCAGCCAGAGAGUCGACUUGACCUGCCACAUGAGAAUCCACAUGGGGGAGAAGCGCUACGUAUGUGACCAGUGUGGGAAGAGCUUCACCCACAGCUCCAACUUGGUUGUCCACCUGAAGAGCCACAGCGGGGAGAGGCCCUAUGAGUGUGCGGAGUGUGGCAAGAGCUUCAGCCGGACAUUCUGCCUGAUUGUCCACCUGAAGAGCCACAGCAGGGAGAGGCCCUACGAGUGUGAUCAAUGCAGGAAGAGCUUUCAGACCAGCUCCAAUCUCCUCAGGCACCAGCGCACUCACAAGGAUGAGAAGCCCUUCCGCUGCCCUGACUGUGGGAAAGGCUUCAAGUACAACUUCAGCCUCAUCAACCACCAGCACACCCACACCCGGCUGAGGCCCUAUGAGUGUCCUGAGUGUGGCAAGAGCUUCAGCCAGAGCUCCUACCUAAUCUGCCACAGGAGACUCCACAGCGGUGAACGUCCCUAUGAGUGUGGGCAGUGUGGGAGAAGCUUCUGCCAGCGCUCCCACCUGAUCUACCACCUGAGGAGCCACACCGGCGAGAAACCCUACCAGUGUGAUCAAUGCAGCAAGAGGUUUCAGAGCAGCUCUCAUCUUCUCAGACACCAGCGGAUUCACGUGGAGGAGCGGCCCUUUCUCUGCCCCGACUGCGGCAAGGGCUUCAAGCACAACUCCAGCCUCGUCACCCACCGCCGCAUCCACACUGGGGAGAGGCCCUUCCAGUGUCCAGAAUGUGGGAAGAGCUUCUCACAGAGCUCUACCUUGACCAGACACCAACAGACCCACGAUGGGGAGAAGCCCCACAAGUGCUGGGAAUGUGGCAAGAGCUUCAGCCAGAGAGUCGACUUGACCUGCCACAUGAGAAUCCACAUGGGGGAGAAGCGCUACGUAUGUGACCAGUGUGGGAAGAGCUUCAGCCACAGCUCCAACUUGGUUGUCCACCUGAAGAGCCACAGCGGGGAGAGGCCCUAUGAGUGUGCGGAGUGUGGCAAGAGCUUCAGCCGGACAUUCUGCCUGAUUGUCCACCUGAAGAGCCACAGCAGGGAGAGGCCCUACGAGUGUGAUCAAUGCAGGAAGAGCUUUCAGACCAGCUCCAAUCUCCUCAGGCACCAGCGCACUCACAAGGAUGAGAAGCCCUUCCGCUGCCCUGACUGUGGGAAAGGCUUCAAGUACAACUUCAGCCUCAUCAACCACCAGCACACCCACACCCGGCUGAGGCCCUAUGAGUGUCCUGAGUGUGGCAAGAGCUUCAGCCAGAGCUCCUACCUAAUCUGCCACAGGAGACUCCACAGCGGUGAACGUCCCUAUGAGUGUGGGCAGUGUGGGAGAAGCUUCUGCCAGCGCUCCCACCUGAUCUACCACCUGAGGAGCCACACCGGCGAGAAACCCUACCAGUGUGAUCAAUGCAGCAAGAGGUUUCAGAGCAGCUCUCAUCUUCUCAGACACCAGCGGAUUCACGUGGAGGAGCGGCCCUUUCUCUGCCCCGACUGCGGCAAGGGCUUCAAGCACAACUCCAGCCUCGUCACCCACCGCCGCAUCCACACUGGGGAGAGGCCCUACAAGUGCUGGGAAUGUGGCAAGAGCUUCAGCCAGAGAGUCGACUUGACCUGCCACAUGAGAAUCCACAUGGGGGAGAAGCGCUACGUAUGUGACCAGUGUGGGAAGAGCUUCACCCACAGCUCCAACUUGGUUGUCCACCUGAAGAGCCACAGCGGGGAGAGGCCCUAUGAGUGUGCGGAGUGUGGCAAGAGCUUCAGCCGGACAUUCUGCCUGAUUGUCCACCUGAAGAGCCACAGCAGGGAGAGGCCCUACGAGUGUGAUCAAUGCAGGAAGAGCUUUCAGACCAGCUCCAAUCUCCUCAGGCACCAGCGCACUCACAAGGAUGAGAAGCCCUUCCGCUGCCCUGACUGUGGGAAAGGCUUCAAGUACAACUUCAGCCUCAUCAACCACCAGCACACCCACACCCGGCUGAGGCCCUAUGAGUGUCCUGAGUGUGGCAAGAGCUUCAGCCAGAGCUCCUACCUAAUCUGCCACAGGAGACUCCACAGCGGUGAACGUCCCUAUGAGUGUGGGCAGUGUGGGAGAAGCUUCUGCCAGCGCUCCCACCUGAUCUACCACCUGAGGAGCCACACCGGCGAGAAACCCUACCAGUGUGAUCAAUGCAGCAAGAGGUUUCAGAGCAGCUCUCAUCUUCUCAGACACCAGCGGAUUCACGUGGAGGAGCGGCCCUUUCUCUGCCCCGACUGCGGCAAGGGCUUCAAGCACAACUCCAGCCUCGUCACCCACCGCCGCAUCCACACUGGGGAGAGGCCCUUCCAGUGUCCAGAAUGUGGGAAGAGCUUCUCACAGAGCUCUACCUUGACCAGACACCAACAGACCCACGAUGGGGAGAAGCCCCACAAGUGCUGGGAAUGUGGCAAGAGCUUCAGCCAGAGAGUCGACUUGACCUGCCACAUGAGAAUCCACAUGGGGGAGAAGCGCUACGUAUGUGACCAGUGUGGGAAGAGCUUCACCCACAGCUCCAACUUGGUUGUCCACCUGAAGAGCCACAGCGGGGAGAGGCCCUAUGAGUGUGCGGAGUGUGGCAAGAGCUUCAGCCGGACAUUCUGCCUGAUUGUCCACCUGAAGAGCCACAGCAGGGAGAGGCCCUACGAGUGUGAUCAAUGCAGGAAGAGCUUUCAGACCAGCUCCAAUCUCCUCAGGCACCAGCGCACUCACAAGGAUGAGAAGCCCUUCCGCUGCCCUGACUGUGGGAAAGGCUUCAAGUACAACUUCAGCCUCAUCAACCACCAGCACACCCACACCCGGCUGAGGCCCUAUGAGUGUCCUGAGUGUGGCAAGAGCUUCAGCCAGAGCUCCUAUCUAAUCUGCCACAGGAGACUCCAUAGCGGUGAACGUCCCUAUGAGUGUGGGCAGUGUGGGAGAAGCUUCUGCCAGCGCUCCCACCUGAUCUACCACCUGAGGAGCCACACCGGCGAGAAACCCUACCAGUGUGAUCAAUGCAGCAAGAGGUUUCAGAGCAGCUCUCAUCUUCUCAGACACCAGCGGAUUCACGUGGAGGAGCGGCCCUUUCUCUGCCCCGACUGCGGCAAGGGCUUCAAGCACAACUCCAGCCUCGUCACCCACCGCCGCAUCCACACUGGGGAGAGGCCCUUCCAGUGUCCAGAAUGUGGGAAGAGCUUCUCACAGAGCUCUACCUUGACCAGACACCAACAGACCCACGAUGGGGAGAAGCCCCACAAGUGCUCAAAAUGUGGGAAGAGCUUCAGGUGGAGCUCCAAAGUGAUGCGCCACAUGAGAAUCCACACAGGGGAACAGCCAUACAAGUGCAUGGAGUGUGGCAAGAGCUUCAGGACAAGCUCUGAAGUGAACAGACACUGUAGGAGUCACACAGGGCAACGGCCCUACCAGUGUGCCAUGUGUGGGAAGAGCUUCUGCGACCGUGCCGACCUGAGCAAACACCUGAGGAGCCUGUUUUCCCUUCAAACCAGGAUUUGCUAUUUCCAAAACUUGUUGCAAUGGAGGAGGAGGCCAUGAGGAAGAGGAAGAUGGCCCAGGAGCCCCAUGCAGGUGAGGAGGAAGUCACUGCCCCUUUCCCCCUCUCUCCUGCUCCGUCUCCCAGCCCAGUAUGGCCCCGGCUGCAGGACAAACCCUGCUGCUGAUGCCGUCCUGCCAGGGAUGCACUGGGGAGAUCUUGGAGUUCCCUGAGGCAAAUCCCAUCCUCUCCUUGUCCUUCCUCUGCCAGGCACCCAGCUGAGGAGGGAGACCAGGCAGGACAAAUGCCCACAGCAGAACCUCGUAGAAGAGGCCAUUUUGAGCAGCUCCACAGCACAGGAAUCCAACAAGGAGGAAAAGACACGAAGAUCACGCACGAGGAGGGGCUGCAAACGCAGAUCACAGGCAUCUGAGGAGGAAACACCCACCCUGUGCCGGGGCUAUGGCCGCAGCUCGGAGCUGGGGGUCCAUGAGCAGCUUUAGGAUUGCGAGAAGCCCCACAAGUGCUCGGAAUGUGGGAAGAGCUACAGAAAGAGAUCCCACCUGAUUGACCAUUGGAUAAUCCACACUGGGGAAUGACCCUACGAGUGUCUUGAGUGUGGGAAGAGCUUCACCUGACUGUCCAGCAGAGAAGCCACACUGGGGAGAGGUCUUACGAGUGUGAUAAAUGCAGGAAGAGGUUUCAGACCAGCUCCAGUCUGCUCCAGCAUGAACACAUUCACACAGAAGA